AUGUGGCUAGUAUGGCUGUGCAUUGCGAUGGGGCCAGCUCUCGCUUAUAUUGAAGAGCCAUAUCACAACCCAUAUAGACAUACUGCUCGUUGUUUUUCUUGUAUGUCUAAGCUAUAUGAAGCUGUAUGGCCAGCAUUAUCUCAUAUUUAUAAAAAACCUAAAAAUUUUACAGAUGAUUGUGAUGAUGAACAUUUGAUGGAAGGUCGAGUAGCUGUUGUUCAUUGCUCAACAAUUUGUGUUUCAAUGUAUGAACAACCUAAUAUUGCCGGUGUACGGAUCCGCGGUCACAUACGUGGUUGUAUGAGCGAAGUUCUUCUGAAUGGUUUCAAUACGACAAUAGUUAAUUGGUAUCGUUGGAUGCAUAGAGAUUCCUGUCGUCCGUAUAGGAAAAAAGAUUUAUUCAAAUUAACAGAUCAAACAAAUGAUGAUUCAACCAUCGACGUUUGUACAUGCUAUUCCGAUUAUUGCAAUGGCAAUUCAGCUUCAGUCUAUACAUUUCCAUUAUUACUAUUCAUAUCUUCGGUCAUAUUUCGAAGUAUAUGGAGCUAA